GCAGAAACGCUAAUGGACUCCACCACGGCGACGGCAGAGCUGGGCUGGACAGUGCAUCCUCCCUCAGGGUGGGAAGAGGUGAGCGGAUAUGACGAGAACAUGAACACGAUCCGGACGUACCAGGUGUGCAACGUCUUUGAGUCCAAUCAGAACAACUGGCUGCGGACCAAGUACAUACGGAGGAGAGGAGCUCACCGCAUUCACGUGGAGAUGAAAUUCUCCGUCCGGGACUGCAGCAGCAUCCCAAACGUUCCUGGCUCCUGCAAGGAGACCUUCAAUCUCUACUACUUCGAAUCUGACUUUGACUCGGCCACCAAGACCUUUCCCAACUGGAUGGAGAAUCCCUGGGCAAAGGUGGACACCAUCGCAGCUGAUGAGAGCUUCUCCCAGGUGGACCUGGGUGGCCGAGUGAUGAAAAUCAACACCGAGGUGCGCAGCUUUGGGCCAGUCUCCAAGAAUGGAUUCUAUCUCGCAUUCCAGGACUAUGGGGGCUGCAUGUCCUUAAUUGCUGUCCGGGUCUUCUACCGCAAGUGCCCCCGAGUGAUCCAGAAUGGGGCUGUGUUUCAGGAAACACUCUCUGGAGCAGAGAGCACUUCAUUGGUGGCGGCCAGGGGGUCGUGCAUUACCAACGCGGAGGAGGUGGAUGUCCCCAUCAAGCUGUACUGCAAUGGGGACGGGGAGUGGCUGGUGCCCAUUGGACGGUGCAUGUGCAAGGCUGGCUAUGAAUCGGUAGAGAACGGGACCAUAUGCAGAGGCUGCCCAUCAGGGACGUUCAAGGCCAGCCAAGGGGACGAAGGGUGCGUUCACUGCCCAAUUAACAGCAGGACUACUUCGGAAGGGGCCACCAACUGCGUAUGCCGAAAUGGAUAUUACCGGGCAGACUCCGAUCCCCUGGAUAUGCCAUGCACCACCAUCCCGUCUGCCCCGCAGGCCGUGAUCUCCAGUGUGAACGAGACGUCACUGAUGCUGGAGUGGACCCCGCCCCGGGACUCCGGGGGCCGCGAGGACCUGGUGUACAAUAUCAUCUGCAAGAGCUGCGGCUCUGGGCGCGGCGCCUGCACCCGCUGUGGGGACAAUGUGCAGUUCUCCCCACGCCAGCUGGGCCUGACAGAGGCCCGCAUCUACAUCAGCGACUUGCUAGCUCACACCCAGUACACCUUUGAGAUCCAGGCCGUGAACGGGGUCACUGACCAGAGCCCCUUCUCCCCGCAGUUUGCCUCCGUCAAUAUCACCACCAACCAGGCUGCCCCGUCUGCUGUGUCCAUCAUGCACCAGGUCAGCCGGACCGUGGACAGCAUUACCUUAUCGUGGUCUCAGCCUGACCAGCCCAACGGAGUCAUCCUGGACUAUGAGCUGCAGUACUAUGAGAAGGAUCUGAGUGAAUUCAAUGCCACGGCGAUGAAGAGCGCCACCAACACCAUGACUGUGCAGAACCUCAAAGCCGGCACCAUCUACGUCUUCCAGGUGCGGGCACGCACCGUGGCCGGCUACGGUCGCUACAGUGGCAAGAUGUACUUCCAGACCAUGACCGAAGCUGAGUACCAAACAAGCGUCCAGGAGAAGCUGCCUCUCAUCAUUGGCUCCUCAGCAGCAGGUCUGGUGUUCCUCAUUGCUGUGGUCAUCAUCAUCAUUGUGUGCAACAGAAGACGGGGCUUCGAGCGAGCCGACUCCGAGUACACUGACAAGCUGCAGCACUAUACCAGUGGCCACAUGACAUCCUGGAAUGAAGAUUUACAUUGACCCUUUACCUAUGAGGACCCCAAUGAGGCCGUCAGGGAAUUUGCAAAGGAAAUCGACAUCUCUUGUGUCAAAAUUGAGCAGGUGAUCGGAGCAGGGGAGUUUGGGGAAGUGUGCAGUGGGCACCUCAAGCUGCCUGGCAAGAGAGAGAUCUUUGUGGCCAUCAAAACACUUAAGUCGGGUUACACGGAGAAGCAGAGACGGGACUUCCUGAGCGAGGCCAGCAUCAUGGGGCAGUUCGCCCCCAAUGUUAUCCACCUGGAGGGUGUGGUCACCAAGAACCCUGUCAUGAUCAUCACCGAGUUCAUGGAGAAUGGCUCACUGGACUCCUUUCUCCGGCAAAACGAUGGGCAGUUCACUGUGAUCCAGCUAGUGGGCAUGCUGCGGGGCAUCGCUGCAGGCAUGAAGUACCUGGCCGACAUGAACUAUGUGCACCGGGACCUGGCUGCCCGCAACAUCCUCGUCAACAGCAACCUGGUCUGCAAGGUGUCCGACUUCGGCUUGUCCCGCUUCCUGGAGGAUGACACCUCGGAUCCCACCUACACCAGUGCACUGGGUGGGAAGAUCCCGAUCCGGUGGACGGCACCUGAAGCAAUUCAGUAUAGGAAAUUCACAUCAGCCAGCGACGUGUGGAGCUAUGGCAUAGUCAUGUGGGAGGUGAUGUCCUAUGGGGAGCGGCCCUACUGGGAUAUGACCAAUCAAGAUGUGAUAAAUGCAAUAGAGCAGGAUUAUCGGCUGCCCCCUCCCAUGGACUGCCCCAACGCCUUGCACCAGUUAAUGCUCGACUGCUGGCAGAAGGACCGGAACCACAGGCCCAAAUUCGGGCAGAUUGUCAACACGUUAGACAAAAUGAUCCGAAACCCCAAUAGCCUGAAAGCCAUGGCACCCCUCUCCUCCGGGAUUAACCUUCCUUUACUGGACCGCACAAUCCCUGAUUACACCAGUUUCAACACGGUGGAUGAAUGGCUGGAUGCCAUCAAGAUGGGCCAGUACAAGGAGAGCUUUGCCAGUGCCGGCUUUGCUACCUUUGAUGUGGUGUCACAGAUGACCAUGGAGGACAUUCUGCGAGUCGGGGUCACUUUAGCAGGCCAUCAAAAGAAAAUUCUGAACAGUAUCCAAGUGAUGCGAGCACAGAUGAAUCAGAUCCAAUCUGUGGAGGUUUGAUGUUCACACGUCCUCACACUCCUCUUCCUCAAGGCCCUUCUCCCCUUUGCCCCUGUACAUCCAAGCUCCAGUUCUUGAGUGGUCUGCAUUCACCAGAGACAGGCAGCUACUCUAAGGAUCAUGGCAACAGGAAGAAACAUCCUGACAACAAAAAGUUGCCAAGAGCUUCUAGAAUUUAAGCAAUGGAAAAAGGGAACAAGGAAGACAAAUAUUUUGGGGGAAAACUAUGAAAUAUUUUUUAAAAAUAAUAAUAAUAAAGCAAUGGCAUUUUUGAAAAGGGCUCUGAGAUUCGUGGGAGUCUCCAAAGUGAGAUAAAAGAGCAGAUCCUUUCAUUUCCUUCCUGCACAAGGCUGCUUCAGCAGGCCACAGACACCUCUGGAGCAAAGAGACUUUGUCAAGGAGAUGAAAGCCAAGUGAAGACAUGGGAAGCGCUCCUCCUUUUCUCCCUUGGGAUGGUGACUCUGGGGACAUCCUGCAGCCAGCAGUCGUCCCCGAAAGCCCCCAUCUGGCAAAUCACAGGGGGAGAGAGAGCUGAGAAGUUCUUGCCAUGUAAUGGACCCAGCGCAUCUGAAAAGUGGCAAACUUUUGCAAAGCUGAAGAUUUUUGUAAAAUAAACAAACUGAGACAAGAAGAGUCUUUUUUUCCUGCAGAUGAGAAGGAACCUUGAACCCAUUGGGAGUGGGGGAUGGGGAAACCAAUCCCUUUUAGAGCUCUUAUUUUCGCUUGACAUGGAACAGUUUAGUGAGUGACACGUUUUCCAGGGGUCUUCCCAUCCACCCCUCCAAUGGCAUCAUUGUCUCAUACAUAUCAUAUGCACAAGACUUUUAGUGAUCACCUCACUAGUUGCCAAUGACCUUUUCUCAGAAGACUUCCCAAGUACAGUACGUAGUAGUUUUUGAUUACAAAUGCUGACGUGUCCA